UUCAGAGUUGCUGCUUCUCACAGCAGCCCUCCUCCUCAGAACUCUUGUUCCCAGAGCUCCUCCUCCAGUUCCUCCAGGGCUCCAGAAAACUUUGCUUCUCUGCUGGGCUUCAGACCUGCUACUGUCAAGGCUGGGCUUGUGAGUCUGCCACUCUGCUGCAGAAGAGGGGCUGGAGUGAGGACCAAGAAGUGUUUCCAGACAGCAUAGGGGCAGGCAUGGGGCUGCUGACUGGGGCUGAGCUGUGGUCCGUGGCCAUAUUCUUGGUCAUCUUCCUGCUUCUGGUGGACCUAAUGCACCGGCGCCACCGCUGGACUGCCCGCUAUCCACCAGGCCCUUUGCCAUUGCCUGUGCUUGGGAACCUGCUGCAGGUGGACUUCCAGAAUAUGCCAGCAGGCUUCCAAAAGCUGCGAUGCUGCUUUGGGGACCUGUUCAGCCUACAGCUGGCCUUUGAGCCAGUGGUUGUCCUAAAUGGACUGACAGCCCUGCGUGAAGCACUGGUGAAACACAGCGAGGACACUGCUGACCGGCCACUACUGCAUAGCAGUGACCACGUGGGCUUUGGACCGCGUUCUCAAGGUGUACUCCAAGCACAGUACGGGUCUGCCUGGCGUCAGCAGCGGCGCUUCUCUGUGUCCACCUUUCGUCACUUUGGCCUGGGCAAGAAGUCACUGGAGCAGUGGGUGACCGAGGAGGCCAGAUGCCUCUGUGCUGCCUUCACCAACUAUAAUGGACACCCUUUCAGCCCUAACGCCCUAUUGGACAAAGCAGUGUGCAAUGUGAUCGCAUCCCUCCUCUAUGCAUGCCGAUUUGAGUAUGAUGACCCACGCUUCAUCAGGCUUCUGAACUUGUUGAAAGAUACUAUUGACCAGGAAUCUGGCUUCCUGUCCAUGCUCUUGAAUGGGAUCCCGAUGCUCCUGAACAUCCCAGGGCUGCCUGACAAGGUUUUCUCUGGAAAAAAGGCCUUCAUGGCCCUGCAGGAUGAACUGCUAACUGAGCACAAGAUGACCCGGGACCCUACCCAGCCACCCCGAGACCUGACUGAUGCCUUCCUGGCAGAGGUGGAGAAGGCCAAGGGAAAACCUGAGAGCAGCUUCAAUGAUGAGAACCUGCGUAUGGUAGUGGCUGACCUCUUCAUGGCAGGAAUGGUAACCACUUCUAUCACGCUGUCCUGGGCCCUGCUGCUCAUGAUCCUGCACCCGGAUGUGCAGAGCCGUGUCCAACAGGAGAUCGAUGAAGUCAUAGGGCAGGCGCGGCGUCCAGAGAUGGCAGACCAGGCCCGCAUGCCCUACACCAAUGCUGUCAUUCAUGAGGUGCAGCGAUUUGGUGACAUCCUCCCACUUGGAGCGCCUCACAAGACAUCUCGUGACAUUGAAUUGCAGGGCUUCCUUAUCCCUAAGGGGACGACCCUCAUCACCAACCUGUCCUCAGUGCUAAAGGAUGAGACUAUCUGGGAGAAGCCCCUCCACUUCCAUCCUGAACACUUCCUGGAUGCCCAGGGCCGCUUUGUGAAACAUGAGGCCUUCAUGCCAUUCUCAGCAGGUCGCCGAGCUUGCCUGGGGGAGCCCCUGGCCCGCAUGGAGCUCUUCCUCUUCUUCACCUGCCUCCUGCAGCGCUUUAACUUCUCGGUGCCUGCUGGACAACCCCAACCCAGCGACCAUGGGGUCUUCAGGGGUAUGACAGCUCCAUCCCUGUACCAGCUCUGUGCUUUUCCCCGCUAAGAGGAAGGACGAAACCUCACUGCCCUGCUGAGGUCCUAAUGUGCAAUAAAUCAUUUUACUCUGAACUAAACCAUCCCCAUGAGAUCUCCAGGCUGGAAUGGGAUCUGGGUAGGCUCCCGUGGACAUUCACAACUCCCUACUUAUUAUUACAUGACCAUGUGACCCCAUGGGAAGGGCUGGUCUGUUGAACCUCAGAGAAUGAUACCUACCCCUACCUUUUCCCCCUAACACUCACUUUUCUCACCCAAAUUUGUUGAAGGAGCGGCAGGGCUGCGUUCUGGCCGCCCUGGCUCCUGCCCGGCUAUCUCAGUCAGUAGAGCAUGAGACUCUUAAUCCCAGGGUCGUGGGUUCGAGCCCCACGUUGGGCGCCAUUCUGUUGUAUGAGCUGCGGGCCUCUUCC